AUGUACAUCUGCGACAGCGACGCGAAGCCCAGACCCACGCCGAUCUGCUGCAGCGGCUGCGCGAGGUCGACCCCGCGUAUGGCUGACGCAAAGCAGAAGUUGACCACCGCUGCCACCGCCCCAGGUCCUGGUGAGGGCCGAGGUGACGAUGGCGAGGAUGCGCCGGACCUCAGCCCGUGCGCCGACCAGCAGGAGUCAGUUGGCCAGGCUUCCAGCUCGCUCGCGCUCAACGGCCUGACACAUCUCCUGGUGCUCCAGCUGGGCCAUGGAAGUGUAUGCCGAUACGUCCGCGGGUCGCUGGCGUGGGUGGCUCAGCCCCAAAACGAGGACAGGGCAGCAGGUGCCGAUGAGAAUGGCCCCGACUUCCAGCUGGAGUUGAUGGGACGGCUAGCGAUGCGCGUCCCUCCCCAAGACGGCUGCCAGCCGGCCUAUGACGGGGACGAUGGCAAUGCCGCGCAGAAGUGCCUCAGCAACCACGAGCUCGACCUGGAUUGUCGAAACCCAAAUCUUCAGGUGUGCACGCAUGAAUCAGGUCUCGCCUAG